AUGCUUUCUAUAACCGCCAUAGUCGCCAUCUGUAUCGUUCCCUAUGUAAUCUACAAGUACAUCAUCUACCCCGCCUUCAUCUCCCCCCUCUCCAAAAUCCCCAACGCACAUUCCUCCUCCCCCUUCUCACCCCUCUGGAUCCUCAUAAAACGAUUUCGAGACGAAGAAAACCGCAGCAUCCACGCCGCCCACGUCAAACAUGGCGACAUUGUCCGACUCGGGCCUAAUGAAAUCAGCGUUAACUGCGUGGACGAUGGCAUCCGCACGAUCUAUAGUGGUGGGUUUGAGAAAUGGCGGUGGUAUGACCAAUUCGAUAACUUUGGCGUCCCAUGUAUGUUCUCCACCGCCGAAAGCAAACCGCACUCCCACCGCAGACGUGUAAUCGCCAACGUGUACUCGAAAUCCUACCUUCAAUCCUCACCAGAGAUGCACAAGAUUUCCCAAACAAUGAUCUUCUCCCGCAUCUUACCAGUCCUGGAGUCCGCUGCCAUCGAACAGAAACCCGUCGAAGUGCUCGACUUGAGCCAUGCAAGCACCAUGGACUUCAUCACCGCCUUCAUGUUCGGCCUACAGAACGGGUCCAACCUGACGCAAGACGUAUCUGCCAGAACAGAAUUUCUCGACACCUAUCGAAGACGGCGCCCCUACCGUUUCUGGUCCAGCGAGCUGCCGGGCUUGAAAUCUGUAUUGAACAGAUUGGGCCCCAUCAUAGAGCCCAAAUUCGUGCAAGAAGCCACCAAUUAUAUCGAAAACUGGACUCUCACUUUUACAAAAGCAGCUGAGAAAUCCAGCACAACCAAGGUCCCGGACGAGGAGAACAUUCCAACCACGACCCCAGUAGUAUACAACCAAGUGCACCAAUCCACCCUCAAGAGCCCAUUCCCCUACCCGCAAGAACUGCAAAUUGCCACUGAGCUCCAGGACCACUUGGCCGCCGGGCACGAAACGAGCGGGAUAACGCUGUGCUACUUAUUCCACGAACUCUCAAUGCAGCCCAAGCUUCAGGAGCAACUCCGAGAGGAAUUCCUAACCCUCUCUCCCACCUUGGAAUACCCUUCAUCCGUCUCAACUCCCGAACUGCCUUCGCCACAAAGCCUGGACGCCCUUCCCCUCCUCCACGCCUGCCUCAUGGAAACCCUACGCAUCCACGCUGCAAUACCCGGCCCGGAACCACGCAUCACGCCCUCCAAACCCACCUCGCUAGCCGGCUCCCCGCCCUUACCCCCCGGCGUGCGCGUCAGUUCGCAACCCUACACGCUCCACCGCCGCGCGGACGUCUUCCCGGACCCGGAAGCCUGGAAGCCCAAACGCUGGCUCGAAGCCAGCGAGGAGCAGAAGGCGGAAAUGGGACGGUGGUUCUGGGCGUUCGGGAGUGGGGGGAGGAUGUGCAUCGGGAGCAAUUUCGCUAUGCAAGAGAUGAAACUGAUAACGGCUGCCAUCUAUACGAAUUACAGGACGCACAUCAUUGAUGACGAGGGCAUCGAGCAAGUAGAUGCGUACACCGCUCAUCCGAGAGCUAACCAGCUGAUUUUGGGAUUUGAGCGCGUGGAGAAGUAG